CGGAAAGGGGCACAUGGGAUACCUUCCUUGUUAGUGGACUAGAGCAGUCGCCCGGCAAGCGAAUGACUCGGGUUCAAUUUCCGACCUCGGCUAUCCGCGCUCCGUACAUUUUUCUCUCGUCACUCUUACAGUAUUAUACGAACAUGCGCGAGGCAGACACUAUGGCUGCGUUCGAGGAGCACGCUAUCAGCGUCAGGCUAGCUUUAUUACUCAUUCAAUAUAGAACAAAGAUAGACUGAUGCUAACAGCACGAAAAUACGCUGCGCAAACGCAGCCUGUAUCAUCGAAUGCACGUAUCAUUAUGCAUUGAAUUAGCAAAUCAAUGACAGAAUACACUAUUCCUGUAUUAUGAAAGGUUCAAUCACGUAUAACUUUACUGUUAUGAAGAAGAGGAACAAAGGGAAAAAAAAUGAAAGGGUUGCACUGUAUGCAAAUAAUUGCGCAUUUCAUGUCCAUGAUGACAAAAUUACGGCUAUCUAUCUCAUGAAAAAUACACCAAAAAGAAUUGUUAAUAAUGCCUUCACGUUUCGCUUAGCGAACAUUCACAAAGCAUGCAUUCUUAGUACUUCUUAGUACUUAAAAAUGAUUGAACGAAAAGACGUGUGGCAAAGUUGGUAUUAUAUGGUUCCCCGAUUUUUCAUGACUUUAACAGGACUAUGGCCAUAUCAUCCGAUUCUCAAUAGGUGUUUGCGCUUUGUGCCUAUAUUUAUACUAUGCUCGAGUAUUCUUUUACCACAGUAUUUUACAGCAUUGAUUUUUACGCAGUUCCUAUACAUAAGUACGAUGACAGAUACUGACGACUUGUUUGAAUGCAUGCCACCGAUAGCCUUCACAAUAAUAUUCAGCUUAAAAUUAGCGAUGAUAAUGGUAAAUACUAAGAAAAUAAAGGCUUGUCUGAAGACAAUAGAAGACGAUUGGUUGUCACUGACGGAUACUGAAAAGGCUAUUCUACAACGACAUGCUAUAUACGGGCAAUACUUAACAAUAUCUUACGCAGUUUACAUGCAAUUGACGGGGUUCCUCUAUAUGCUGAAGUCGAUCGUGCUGAUAGACCACACUUCGAAUUCGACCAGAUCAGCUCUAACGAAAUUACCUUAUCGUGUGGAAUAUGGCCACAAGAUAGACCAGCAUUUCUACCCGAUUCUAGUCCAUUGUUGCAUGACAAUGUUCUUUCAUGUGUGUGUCACAAUCGCGGCUGACACCUUGUAUUACACCUUAAUUCAACAUGCCUGCGGGAUGUUUUCAAUUGUCGGACAAUCGCUGGAACGUAUCAGCCAGAAUAGCAACGCCGAUUUCAAUCUGAAACCAGACAAAACGACAGAUUCUGAUUACCGUAAAGCUCUGGGAUGUUUACGUAGGCAUUUGCACGUAAUAGAAUUAGCGGAAUUGAUCGAGUCUACGUUUACAAAUAUAUUCCUGGUCAGCAUUAGCUUAAAUAUGAUUGGUGGCAGUAUAUGCGGUAUGCAGGUGUUGAUACAUUUAAACGAUACAAAGGAUAAAACAGCACCUUUUACUAUCUAUGUUGCUAUCUCUCGCUAUAUUGCUCAACUUGUCCAUCUUUUUUUACAAUUUUGGCAGGCACAAUAUUUAUUGGACUGUAGCACUAUUCCGUACGAAUCGAUUUGUAGGGUAAAUUGGUAUUAUACCUCGGAGAGAUGCAGAAAAAUCUUACUUUUAAUCAUGAUUAGGACUAUAUUGCCAUGCAGAAUAACUGCUGGCAAGCUGGUAACUUUAUCUAUUGAAAGUUUUGGAGUGGUCUUGAAGACAUCAAUAUCUUAUUUCAUGGUACUACGUUCUUUCCAGUGAUAUUUGCAUAAACAUAUCUUAAAAGUGCAAACCUGAAAAAUCUUUAUGUUAUGAUAAUUUCGCAAACCGAUUAAUAAAAUCGUCAAAUGUACUAUAAAUAUAUACUAAAAGAUUUUGUGUCAACAA